AGACCGGCUCCCAAUAAACAAACACAAGCAUCAAACCUGCUCUGUGAAUCCUUGAAGGAAAUCAUUGUGUGAAUUCCAGCUUUUAUUUAUACUAUCAUUGUUGCUGAAGAGACCACACUAAGCAGACAGAUCGCCUUGACAAUUGCUGGUGUACGGACUGUGGAUUACUGAGGUUGGUUUACAAGGGUAAAGGGGAAAAAACACACAGACAGGUUUUAUAGAAUCAUAACAAAGCAUCCUAAGCGGAGAGCAAAAAAACAAACAAACCGGAAUACGAGGCGGAAUAAUAAUAAUUGUUAUGAGUGAGCUCCCACCAGAUGUUGAUCCUGCAUAUGGGAUUCAGGACCAGGCUGUCGAACAGUCUCAUGAGGGGCGUGUUGAACAGGCAGAGCCAGCUGAGUUUGUUGGGGCGUCCUCUGUUGGAAACGCGGCCAUCGAGGCUAACGCUGUCGAUGCCGGUGCCGUUGCUGAUGGCGAUGUUGAUGUUGACGGCGAUGUAUCUUUGCCUGAUGCUAAGGAUGGCGACUAUGUGAGUGACGGUGAGGCCGCUGAGGAGGAAGAAGACAACGAAGAGGAUGAAGAGGAGAAACUGGAAAUUGUUCGUCCAGGUGCAUCAGACUCCGAGCUCGAACUACAAAUAGAGACAGAGAAGCCGGAUGUUGAUGACGCUGAAGAAAACAUAAGGAAGUCACCAACUACUACUCCGCUAAUCAAGCCGGAGGAGGAUUUGGUGGUUGAUACUCCAAGUGCCUCUGCUGUUCAAAAAUCACCGGAGACAGAUGAGAAAGUGGAUGAUUCGCUUGACAAGGACGUCGAUAUGGAUGUCAACGAUGACGACGAUAAGCACGAAGGUAAAGUGGAUGAAAACAAGAACGAGGAGGAUAAAGAUGACAAUGAUAAGGAGGAGGACGCGAAAGAUGAUGAUCAUGGCGACCGUGACACUGAACCUUAUAUUCCACAAUCGCACACCAUUGUUAUCCCUUCGUACUCAUCCUGGUUCAACUUCAGAAAGAUACAUCCGAUUGAAAAGGAGUCUCUUCCCGAGUUCUUCACGAACUCGAACCCUUCGAAGACACCAGCACUUUACGUGAAGUACAGAAACUUUUUGAUAAAUGCAUACAGACUCAAUCCAAAUGACUACCUCACAGUAACUGCGGCAAGAAGAACGCUUGCCGGUGACGUUGGAACGAUAAUGCGUUUGCAUAGAUUCCUUUCAAGAUGGGGGCUAAUAAAUUAUCAAGUCGAUGCCGAGGUGAAACCAAAACCAGUGGAACCGCCAUAUACGGGAGAUUAUCAAGUUGGUUAUGAUGCCCCUAGAGGAUUGUUCCCUUACGAAUCAUUUAAACCCCCACUUGAACCAAACAAAUUGGAAAAAGUAAAAGAUAUCAUCAAUGGGAAGAGAACAACCGAUGAAAAGGCUAAGGAAUCCACUGAAAAUGGCAGUGAGACUACGCAUGUGAAGGCGGAAAGAGAGUUCAAGAAGCCACGUUUGGUGGAUACAAUAAACGAUGGGUGGACUAAAGAGGAUCUGAAGAAGCUAUUGGAAGGUUUGUCAAAGUUCAAAACCGAUUGGGAUGCAAUUGCUUCAUACGUUGGCACUCACACUGUGGAACAAUGCAUUAUUCGCUUCCUAAAGUUACCAAUUGAGGACAAAUACCUCGAGAACUCGACAAACAACUUAGGACCUCUAAAGUAUGCGCCAUACCUUCCAUUUUCACAAGCAGAUAAUCCAGUGCUGUCUACUGUUGCAUUCUUGGUUUCACUGGUGGACCCAGAUGUGGUGAGAGGUGCUACCGAACGUGCUAUAAAGAUUAUUGACGAGCGUGACCUUGAAAAGCAAGUUGAACAAGAGACUAAAGAUCAGGACGGUGAUCUUAAUGUUAAUGCGUUAGAGGACGCAGCUAAAGUAGCGUUGGCAACAGUGGGAGCUAGGGCACAUGUUUUCAAAACAAUGGAAGAGAUCGAGAUGAACAAGUUAACGAACGUUAUUGUUAAUACACAACUAAACAAGAUAGAGCUGAAACUAUCACGUUUAGAAAGAUUGGAAAAACAAAUUGAUGCUGAAAGACGUACUUUACAAAAACAACAGGAAGAACUGUUCUUGGAUCGUUUGUCGUUUGCAAAAGUAUCUCAGCUUGCGCUGUCUAAGUUGUCAAGUGCCACCAAUCUUGAAGGUGAUUCGCUCAAGGAUGCCCUUGAGGAUGUCAAGGAACUUUUGGAUAAGCCACCACGUACUUUGAUCUCAUCAUUUGACCUUUCGAAACGUGAAUCGAGUGUUGUUGAGUCUCAAGAGGAUGAGUUGGAUGACGAAUCGUUAAAACCAGUAAGUAUCGAAACACCACAGACUUAUCGCUACUGGAGUUGCUAAGAGUUCAUCUGGUAUCAUGUUUCCUAUUGUUAAAAGGUUGAUUAUAUACCACUGUGUAAACAACAUUUGUAUUGUAUCAUAUGUAUUAUUCAAGAUCUUUUGGUUUACAUGUGUACAUGUCUGAAGUCCACAUGUUGUAACUGACGCGUCAAUAGAUUAAGAAAGGAAGAAACGUACGCGUUUAGAACAACAUCAAAUACUGUAACCACGACUACACCACCAGAUGACAACGAAGGCAGCCUGACAACUAAGGCAGCCAUGGGUCCCAAGCAUUUAGCAGCCAGAAACGGCCAUCGUGAAGAUCAAACUAAUGCUUCGUUUCAGGUCUCGGCUCCCAAGGCUCAUCCCCCAG